CCCGUCUACCAUACCGAUUACCGUAGAGGUAGACUUGACUAGUAAUCUGUUUAGGUUUUGAUGAUAAACUAUUUACAGAGGGCAGCUUUUUUUACUCUAUUUAAUUUUAUGUUAUAAAGACAUUAUUUUAGUUUCUGUUUUGCGCAUUGACUGAUAAUUUAUUCAUAUUUUUCCAAAUUGUCUUCUGUUUCAUUUUGUAGUCAUGAUGAACUUAGAGAUGGCGGCUGCUGAGGGGCAACUACAGGAUAACGAAUGCAGCACUCCAAUGUCUCCAGUUGAUGCUACUGAUGAUGAUAACGAUGGAAAUGGAGAUGAUCUUCAAAUAGGCAAUUUUUGUCAAAUUAUCAUCAAAGAAGAAGCGCAUGUUGAGCAAGAGGUUGAAGGAAGUGAACUGGAGGUGUGGCCACCAAUCAGCUGCUCAUCGGGCUCUGCUAAUGAGACAGAAGUAGAUGCACAGUCAGUGGAUGCUUCAGUGGAAAAGUGUACUAAGCGGCCUAAGCCAGAUUUGGCUGCGAAAAGGACCAAAAUUCACACCUGUGAUGACUGUAGCUUUCAAACACCUCGGUUAUUAGACUUGAAGAAGCACAUUAUGAUACACACUGGGAAAAACCUCUUUAGCUGCGAAUUAUGUGACGAUAGAUUCGCUCGUUCAAGUAGUUUGAAGGAACACAUGAACACUCAUACAGGCGAAAAGCCCUUCAGCUGCGAAUGGUGUGACUAUAAAUGUAGUUUUUCAGGUACUUUAAAAAAACAUAUUAGAAAACAUACUGGAGAAAGACCUAUUAAAUGUGAUUUUUGUGACUACACAAGCACUCACUCAAAUUGUUUGGAAAGACAUAUCAGAACCCACACUGGAGAAAAACCUUACAGUUGUACUUUUUGUGACUAUACAACUGCUCAGUCGAAUUCUCUAACAACUCAUAUCAGAGUACAUACAGGAGAGACCCCUUACAGCUGCAGCUAUUGUGAUUAUAAAUGUGCGCGUUCAGGCACUUUGAAAACUCAUAUGAGAAUACAUACUGGAGAAAAAUUGAACUGUAAACUUUGUGACUAUGCAACUGCUACUGAAAGUAGUAUGAUAGAACAUAUGAGAAGACAUUCAGGAGAAAAACCCUUCAGUUGUACGGUUUGUGACUAUAGGAGUGUUCGUUCAACUGAAUUGAAAAAACAUAUCAGAACACAUACAGGCGAAAAACCCUACAGCUGCACAUUUUGUGACUAUAAAUGUGCUAACCGAUUUGUUUUGAAAAGACAUAUUUUAACUCAUACUGGAGAAAAACCCUUCAACUGCGAGUUUUGUGACUUCAGAGGUGCUCAACCAAGGAAUGUGAAACUCCAUAUUAUGAGAAGACAUACUGGAGAAAAACCUUUCAGUUGUACUUUUUGUGACUAUGCAUGUGCUCAAUCAAGUCAAUUGAAAAGACAUUUAAGAACUCAUAAGGUAGGAAACCCUUAAAGCUUUGAUUUUUAUUACAUACGCACUCAGUCUUCUAAUUUGUAAGUGCAUAAUAUCAGAACACAUAAUGGUGAAAAACCUAACAGCUGCAACUUUUGUGUAUUUAAAUCUAUUAUUUUGCAUAAUCCAUACUGUCACCUGUAAAACAGGGAAAAUACUUCUCAGAUGACUUAUUUGUUUAUAAAAAUGUUGAUUAUUUAAAUUUGUAAGAAAAUUUUGAAUCUCAUAUCUCAUCUGGAAGAGAACCAUUUCAGCUCUAAUUCUAUGAGUGAAGCAGUAGAGAUUUUCAGAGGAAAAUGUCACUCUUUCUUACUACCUACAGUUUUUUGAAGUUACAGUUACAUAUAGUUUACAGUUACUAUGUAGUAACGUAGUAAUCCACAGGGAUCCACUAAUUGAUGUAUAUAGUGUACCAAUAAGAUAUACUCUAAUUGGCAGUGAACAUUAACAGAACAAAAUUACGUACAGCUUUGAAUUUUACUUGGUAUUGCAGUUGGAUGUUAAGUCUAAACAUUUUUAGGAUAUACAAGUAACUCGUACAUUACCUAGAGUAGUCGUAGAACCUCGAUAACCUGGACUGGCUGGGCAGUCCAACUUACCGAAAAUCUGAGUUAACCGGAGAAUGGGUAAAACAUGCAUGAAAUGAUUGUACUUACUAACUAAAAAAUUGAUGAUUUCUCUAUUUAGAAUACAAAGUUAUUUUACAAUAACAAUAUCGGGGCACCGAGCUUUGCUCGUUAUUUAUUUAUUGAUAAACAAAACACAAUUCUUUAAAAUGAUUGGGGAAGGACUAACAGGCACAGCCCAAUACUGUUUCUUCCCCGAAUUUUGAUUUAUACACUAUAAAUAGUCCAAAAAGUAUGUUAUAUUCCAUGCACUUGAAUUCAGGUCCAAUUUUCAGUCCAAACAUUUGAAAACAGGAAAGUUCUAAUUUAGAUUGUUUACAGACCAAAUUGAAUAACAAAAUAGCACUCACUAAUCACUUAAAACUGUAAAAUAAUUAUUAACUUUAAAAACUAUGAUGUGGUAUGUUAAUAAAUUAUUAUUUUAUUUUUCAUUAAUUAUAAAUAAUUUGACCUUUCAAACCCUUGAGGUUUGUUCAUCUUUUGGGUCGUGCUUAUAUUUAACAGCUGGCUAUACGUCAGCUUAUAAAUUACAGGGAUGAGAUAUUUUGAUUUUCCACAGACGUACUUGCCCAAUCACUUCCAUUAUACACAGACGACGAAAGUCUCAGCUGUUUUUCCAAGGAUGAAUUAUCCUUUUAAUGUCGUUCAGCGAGUCCUAGGGAUGAGACCUAGUGCAAUUGAAUUUUUACUUUCCUUGCCCUAUUACCAUAGGUAACUUGUCACUUAGGUAAGUUACCUAAGGUAAUACCUAUUACCUAUGGUAAUAGGGCAAGGAAAGUAUUGCUUUCCGAAAAAAAUUAACGUACCCCAAUUUGUAAAUUUCUAUACGUUUCGAGGUCCCCUGAGUCCAAAAAAAUGGUUUUUGGGUAUUGGUCUGUAUGUGUGUGUGUGUGUGUGUAUAUGAGUGUAUGUGCGUCUGUGUACACAAUAUCUCAUCUCCCAAUUAACGGAAUGACUUGAAAUUUGGAACUUAAAGUCCUUCCCCUAUAAGGAUCCGACACGAACAAUUUCGAUCAAAUGCAAUCUAAGAUGGCGGCUAAAAUGGCGAAAAUAUUGUCAAAAACAGGGUUUUUCGCGAUUUUCUCGAAAAUGGCUGCAACGAUUUUGAUCAAAUUCAUACCUGAAAUAGUUAUUCUUAAGCUCUAUCAACUGCCACAAGUCCCAUAUCUAUAAAAAUUUCAGGAGCUCCGCCCCAUCUAGGUAAAGUUUGAUUUUAGAUUCUCAAUUAUCAGGCUUCAGAUACAUUUUAAACAAAAAAAUUCCAAAUGGAACAGAUUGAGCAUGAAAAUCUCUACAAUUAAUGUUCACUAACAUUUUCACCUAAAAUUUAAAAUAAGCUCGAAAUUCGAGAAAAUGUUAUUAUUUCAAUUGCAAACUGUUGGCAACUGUUGAUUCUAUUAAAUCAUUCACUAUGAAGGGAUAGCAGACCUCGUGUGUCUCCAGCGUUAUAGUCCUGUCACCAGCUGGCUUAGAUCUUUGAAAAGUAGACUUGAGAUGCGCGGGAACACUAGCGACAGGUGAUAAAUUUUCAUAACGGCAAGGAAAGUUGUGUGAGUGCGCCAUACCAGAUUUUUAUAAUUAUCAUGUUCCAAUAAUGAUAUACUAUAAUAUACUAUGUUCCAAAUUUCGUGAGAAUCGUUCAAGCCGUUUUCGAGAUCUGGUGAAAUAUAAACAUUUAAACAGAAAUUGAUCGAUUAAUAAUAUAGGGUAACAAUUCAUUUCACAAUUUAGAAAACCUUCACAAAACCAAACUAGGAAUGAAUUGUAGUCAAAGCCAAUAGUUAAUUGUUGAAGAAUACUGUCCUGUAAUUCAAAUUUCUCCAUAAAAUUGAUUGGGGUUAUCCAGACUCGAGAUAGCAGGGUCCAGAUUAACGAGGUUGUACUGUAAUCUUCAAUAUUUAAAAAUUUGCUUUCUUAAUAAGAAUAACUUGGUAUUUACAUAACAAUUAAAUAUCUAAGUACCCUUUUCUUAACUAUUUUAUUUCUCAUAAAAUGUUUCGGUUCAUAUAAAACUUUUAAAACAUUGAACGAAAAUAUGUAGUGAUUGGUUUACCUCUAAAAGUAUGUUUUAAAUAAAGAUAUUAACUGCC